AUGGCAGACCCAGCAACGUCCUCGUUUUUGUCCAUCAUGAUCAACUGGUUCACGCCCACCUCUCUAUUCCUCUUCGUCAACCUCGUGAUCGGCACCAUCGUUCUCUCCUCUCGCUUUGGGACCCACAAAAACCCUGAACAGCACCAUCAAGAUCAUCUCACUCCUCACAGCUCGCACCAGCUCGUCCGUACGCCUUCGCUCUUGGACCGGGUCAGGUCCUUCAACUUCUCACACUACAAGUUCGAACAACCCAACCCGGAACCCGAACACGUGGCACCAGAGCAUGUAAACCCGGCCGGGUUAACUCGGACUCCCUCGCUCUUGGAACGGCUCGGGUCGAUGGAUUUCUCCACUCUGUUGAGAUCGGAAAAGCCUGACACAGAAACUAGACAUCUUGACCCGAAUGAGUCCGAGCACGAGACCCAUGAUCCGAACCCGAGGAGCGAGAAUUUGGUUCAUCGGAGCAAGUCGGACUCGAGUGGUGGAGCUCCGGCGCACCAUCACGAGCAGAUAAGAAAGUCUGUUAGCGAGAAAUCGCCGCUGGGAAGGGUUGAAGGAAACGACGACGUAGGGGACGACAGAAGGCCGAGGGUGGAGAAAACGAGGUCGUUUGGGGGCGACGAAGGGGUUGACGCGAAAGCUGAUGAUUUUAUCAACAGGUUUAAGCAGCAGCUCAGGCUGCAAAGGCUGGACUCUCUCUUGCGUUACAAAGAAAUGCUUCAAAGAAAAUAA